UGUUUAUAAUCAUCGAUCCACUUUGAUUCUCAAAUAUAUUAUUUGAUUAUGACAAUAAUUUUCGCUGAUAAAAGAUUAACGAUCUCAAGUUUGCUCUCUGGCUUAUGAUGAUAACGCCAUCAUUUUUUUUUGUUUUGUCAAACAUUAAUCAAUAACUCAUUUAGUGUUUUUCAUAGUUUACUGUGUGUGUUGAUUGAUCAUGAAUUUUCCAAGAUCAGAAACCGAAGAAAAUCUGGUCCAAUACGACCAUGAACAAGAACAAGAACAAGAACAAGGACAACAAAAUGAUGUUGAAGAAGCGUCAUCAUGUUUCGGAAAUAUUUGCCAUCCAUCAAGUCGAACGCAUAGAUAUUUUGUCCUGAUAUUUAUGUGUUUUUUGGGUUUCGGAAGUUAUUAUUGUUAUGAUAAUCCGGGAGCAUUACAACAACAAAUCAUAACUGAUAUGAAGAUUGAUGUCAGUUCAUUUUCUCAACUAUAUUCCUGGUAUUCAUGGCCACAAACAAUUUUAUGUUUUUUCGGCGGUUUUCUCAUUGAUCGUGUUUUUGGUAUCCGUUUUGGUGCCAUCAUUUUUGCAACAAUCAUUUUCAUUGGUCAAUUGGUUUUUGCCACUGGUGCUUUACUUGAUCAUUUUUGGCUUAUGAAUUUUGGUCGUUUUAUAUUCGGUAUCGGAGGCGAAUCAUUAGCAGUUGCACAGAAUACUUAUGCUGUCAGUUGGUUUAAAGAUAAAGAAUUAAAUAUGGUUUUCGGCUUACAAUUAAGUAUAGCACGGGCCGGAAGUUCAGCCAAUUUUGUUUCAAUGGUUUCAAUAUAUGAAUUUGUUAAUAAACAUUUUCAUGGCUAUAAAUGUCUUGGUAUUGCUUUAUUGAUUGCUUCCAUCACAUGUCUUUUCUCAUUAAUCUGUGCACUGGUAUUGGCUUAUUUCGAUAAAAGAGCAACUAGAAUGUUGAAAAAAGAUACGAUUAUGGUGGAUGAAAAAGUCAAUAUAACCGAUGCAAAAACAUUUCCAUUAUCAUUCUGGUUAAUAGCAUUUAUUUGUGUUUCAUAUUAUGUUACCAUUUUUCCAUUCACAGCACUUGGAAGUUUAUUUUUUCAACGAAAAUAUGAAAUUGGACAAAAAGAAGCAAAUUUUUAUGAUUCAAUCAUAUAUCUUAUAUCAACAUUUGCAUCACCUGUACUUGGUAUUAUGGUCGAUAUGACUGGAAGAAAUUUAUUCUGGGUAUUAAGCGCCACAUUAAUAACAUUGAUUGCACAUGGAAUGUUGGCAUUCACAUUUAUUCAUCCAUUAAUGGCUAUGAUCAUAAUGGGCAUUGGAUAUUCGGUAUUAGCUUGUGCAUUAUGGCCAAUGGUUGCAUUGGUUAUACAACAACAUCAACUUGGUACAGCUUAUGGUAUUAUGCAAUCUGUACAGAAUCUUGGCUUAGGCUGUGUUGUAUUAGCCGCUGGUUAUAUUGUCGAUUCAAGAGGAUAUAUUAGCCUGGAACUUUUCUUUUUAUCAUGGCUAUGUUUAUGUUUUUUCAUUAUCAUUAUUUUAUAUAUGGAUGAUAAACGUAAAACAGGUGGAAUGCUUAACAUGUCGGCUAAACAACGUAAAACUUAUCAAGAACAGAAUCGAAUAGCAAAUACAAUCGAAUCUGAAUCAUCGAAUCAGGAUAAAAAAGAUGAUUAGACAUGCAUACCACUUGGACACAUUGAUUGAUAAAAAAAACGAACAAACAAACAAAUCAUCAUUGACCGUUAUAAUCGAUAGGAAAUUCCAUUAAAUUAAUUAAAAUUCAAUAAUAAUAUUUUUUAUUUCAAUAAAUUUUUGAUUUUUUUAAAUUAAAAUUUUACACGAAUUACGUACUUUA